AUGGCACCGCUCGCCUCGCUCUCUGCCGCCGCUCUGCUGCUGUUUUCCACAGUCGCCAAUGCCCACUUCACCCUCCAGACCCCGCCGACCAUCGGCUUCGAUGACGACAAGGAAGGCACCGGCCCCUGUGGCGGCUUCGCUCCAGACUUCUCCAAGCCCACUGCCGAGUUCCACGUCGGCGGCGAGCCCGUCGGCGCCAAGAUGCUGCACCCUCAGGCCAAGUGGCUCUUCCGCGCCACCCUCGACGAGAAGGCCUCGGGUAACUGGACACAGCUGUUCCCGAUCGUCUUCCAGAGCGGACUCGGCGAGAUCUGCGAGCCCGCUAUCCCAGCUCCCGAGUCGUGGGUAGGCAAGAACGGCGUCUUCAGCAUUGUCGCCAACGCUCCCGAUGGUCUGCUGUAUCAGUGCUCCAUUGUCAAGUUCGUCAGCGGCAAGGGCGAGGUCCCCAGCUCUGGCUGCCGCAACGCCUCCAGCAUCUCUGUCUCCUUUGACAGCGACCCCCAGUUGUCGGCCCUCGUGACUCCCGGUGGCAGCAGUGGCGGUAGCAGCGGCAGCAACGCCUCGGCGACUACCGGAACCGGCGGCAAGGGAGGCUCUCCGACCACCUCAGGCGGCUCAGCCUCGCAGACCAGCGCGAGCCCCGGCAAGAACGGUGCCGGAGGCUUUGUUGAGAGCUCUCUGUCGGUCACCAACAUGCUCGUCGUUGCUGCUGCGGGUUGCUUGGGUGCUGCCUUCAUUUUGUAG